AUGGCUGACGCAGAGCACCCAUCGACCAAGCGUUCUCGCUUCGACCAGAAGGAGCCGGAGCCGAGAAAAAGCUCUCGAUUCGACCGACGCUCCCGCUCGCCACCAGCCCACCGCACAGCCGACGCUCGCGAUCGCAGCCCUCGCUCGCAGGAUACGCCCGAGCCCAGGAAGCCGUCUGUCGAUCCCGCAGCCGCCGCUGCCGCGGCCGCGGCCCGAAUCAAUGCGCAGCUCCAGGCUCGCAAAGGUAUUCAGCACGUCGACGUACCGCCCAUCAGGUCCGAGCAGGCCUCGGCGCCGCCAUCGUCGGCAAAAGCCACGGCUCCCUCGUCUGCCUCGGUCACUCAUCGGCAAAUCGAUGGCGAAAUGUACGUUUCGGACGGCGACUUCAUCAAAGACAUCGAAAUCAACGACUUUCGAAAUCGCUACACGCUCACCAAAUACCCUGCUCAGAAUAUGAUCAAGGACGAAACCGGUGCUGACGUAACUACCCGUGGCAGUUACUAUCCGAACAAGAACAUGGCGACUGCUGCGAACCCGCCUCUGUACCUGCACGUCACCAGCCGCACCAAGGAAGGCUUGGACGCUGCCGUGGCCAAGAUACAGGAGCUCCUUCAGCAAGAUCUCCCCCAGUUGGUGGAUGAACGGCGGUUCAGGAGACGAGACCAGGAGCAACCGCAUGUGGAGCGUGACGAGUUUGGCCGACGCAAGUGGCCCGAGGACAAGGUGCCAAUCGGCCUUGAGUCGAUGCCCGGCUUCAACAUCCGUGCUCAGAUCGUCGGCUCGGGCGGCUCCUAUGUGAAGCAUAUUCAAAACGAGACGGGUUGCCGUGUGCAGAUCAAGGGCCGCGGAUCCGGUUACGUGGAAUAUUCCACCAAUGCCGAGAGCGAGGAGGAAAUGUUCCUUCACGUGACUGGACCAGAAAUCCAGAUGGUGGAAAAGGCCAAAGGGCUCUGCCAGGACUUGGUCGACUCUGUCAAGGAGCAGCAUGAAGCCCACAAGAACCGACCACCGCGUUCCGACGAUCGUGGUAGCUACGGCGGCGGCGGUGGGGGAGACUAUUAUCGCGGUGGCAGAUCUCACGAUCACCAGUCUUCGCAUUCCUCCUAUGGCCGGCAUGGAUCCGGCGAUGCGGCGGCGCCUGGAAGCCCCAGCGGUGCCAACAACGCCAACAGCACCGCUGGUUCCACCGACUGGUCGCAGUACGCGCAGUACUAUGCCAACGGCGCCGACCCGUAUGCGCAGUACGGAGGCUACGCCAACUACGUUGCGUGGUACAACUACUACUAUGGACAGGGCCAGGGCCAGGGCCAAGGGCAGAGUCCGGGCGCUCCGCCUCCCCCUCCGAGCGACGCGGCGCCUCCGCCUCCGCCUCCGCCUUCCGACGUAACCCCGACCGCACCAGGGUCGAACCCGCCUCCGCCUCCGCCGCCUCCUCCCUCCUCUGGGGGCGACUACAACGCGUACCCCAUCGAGCCGCCCUUCUCCUCGACGACAAGCAAGUCUGCUCCGGCGCCGGCCUCCCUCGCCUACUCUUCCUCGGCCGACACCAACUCGUCGCCCUUUCUCCUGAGCCCGAUCCUCAACCUCCCCGUGUCGUUUGGCUCGACAUACGUCGGCGAGACGUUCAGCUGUACGCUCUGCGCCAACAACGACCUGCCGGCCGAUGCGACGAAGCAAAUUCGCGAUGUGCGCAUCGAGGCCGAGAUGAAAACGCCAGGCCUCGGCGCCGCCCACAAGCUCGAGGCGAACGCCGGCGUGACGGGCUCGACGACGAACACCACGGGCGGGACGGAUCUCGCGGCCGGAGGGACAUUGCAAAAGGUGGUCUCGUUCGAUCUCAAGGAGGAGGGGAAUCACGUGCUCGCCGUGACGGUCAGCUACUACGAAGCGACGGAGACGAGCGGACGGACGAGGACGUUUAGGAAGCUCUAUCAAUUCAUCUGCAAAGCUUCCCUCAUCGUACGUACCAAGGUCGGGUCGUUGCCAGCAAGCGGCGAGGGGCGGAGAAGAUGGGUGCUCGAGGCGCAGCUGGAGAACUGCAGCGAGGGCCCGGCGCAGCUGGAAAAGGUCAUCAUGGAGCUUGAGGACGGAUUCGAGUAUCAAGACUGCAACUGGGAGGCAAGCCACAGCGAGAAGCCCGUGCUGCAUCCCGGCGAGGUGGAGCAAUUGCCUUUGGCGUCUUGGGCAUCGGCUGGAGGGGGGAAAUGGGAAACAGGGGAUUCCUGUCGACAGGCAAGCUCGGGGCUCGGGUGGCAAGCUGAGCGGCGGGAAGCAAGGUCGCAAGAGGGAUUUUCGCCCAGGAAGGGCGCCAAUGCUCGCCAAGGGGAGAUGACGGAUACGAGUAACGGGUACCGGCACGAGGUACGAGGCACGAAGCAGCACGACGAUUGUGCCGGCGGCACAGUGACGAGAGAAAGCAGUGGCGGCCAGCAGGCAGCGCUCAGGGUGGCGGCAGCGGUCCUGGGCAAGGAGCGCGGACGUCGCCGCACGACUACACAAGGCCAAGACGACGAGCGUAAGCGAGUUUUCAAGGUUACCGAAGUAGAACCAGGAACGACAUGA